AUGAAGCCAAACAACCCUUCUGGAGCCAUGGACGGAAUAUUAUGGAGGAAACAGGAACUGAUCGGUUGUUCAGCAAAGGCUGUUAGUUACAGAGUGGUGGCGGUGGUGGCUGGAAACUCGGACGCUGUGACCUUGAGCGGCCUCAAGGCCGACACCCAGUACCAGGUGACCGUAGCGGCCGUGUGGGCCGGGAAAAAGUACCGCAGCAGGCCGAUUGUCUUCCGAACCCUGGAGCCGCCGCGCACCUCGCCGCAGCAGGACGGCGCGCUGGCGGGGCCGCCGUCGACGCCGCAACCCACGGGGGCGGCCAAGGAGGCCAGGGAGGCGGCGGACUACGAGGCGGACAUGGCCGAAUCAACUGUUUUUUGUUUGACUAUAGAUUAUCAGUUCGCUCCAGGUGGUCAUGUUCGUGGUGUAGAAAUAGGUAUAGUCCUCCUAGUAUUAUUCGUGUGGGUAGCUGCGAUAGCUCUGUUCUUCAACCGCUGGGGCAAGAUCCGCAUGCUGCUGCCCUACCAGCCCGACUACAAGCAGGAGCAGCUCAAGGUGCCCGGGACGGCCGCCUGUGCGGCCGCUGCUGGACCCCCUUGCUCGCACAACUCGGGCGACCACAUCUGCCAGCAGGUAAGGGCUUUGUGCCUGUUCCAGCAAAUCGUAGAUGUAAAUGAAAACAAUUAA